ACGCUUGCAGUUGGUCCCCCGGGCUGCCUUUAGUUCCCUUUCGCCGGAUUCUUGCAUUUUUUUGACCCUCGGACGCUCUAGUUUUCUAGUUUUCUUCCUCGUUCUUUGCCUCUCUCUUUUCCUUCGCAGCGCAGCAUGCAGCGAAAAGACACCUCCUUGCAUGGUUUCCAGCCUAGCUUCCAACAUUUUGCCACGCAAGCCAUCCAUGUGGGCCAGGAACCGGAGCAAUGGAACUCCCACGCUGUCGUGCCCCCCAUCUCACUGUCUACCACGUUCAAGCAAGGGGCUCCUGGACGGCACUCGGGUUUUGAAUAUAGUCGUUCUGGAAACCCCACUAGAAAUUGCCUCGAGAAAGCAGUAGCAGCAUUGGAUGGGGCUAAAUACAGUUUGGCUUUUGCUUCGGGUUUAGCGGCUACUAUGACUAUUACCCAUCUCUUGAAAGCAGGAGACCAAAUUAUUUGUAUGGAUGAUGUGUAUGGAGGUACAAACAGAUACUUCAGGAAGGUGGCAGCUGAGUUUGGAUUAAAAAUUUCUUUUGUUGAUUGUUCUAAUACCAAAUUGCUGGAGGCAGCCAUCACACCAGAAACCAAGCUUGUGUGGAUUGAAAGCCCUACAAACCCUAUUUUGAAGAUGACUGACAUUGAAGCCUGUGCACAUACUGUCCAUAAACAUGGAGACAUUAUUUUGGUUGUGGAUAACACUUUUAUGUCGGCAUAUUUUCAGCGGCCUUUGGCUCUGGGAGCUGAUAUUUGUAUGUAUUCAGCAACAAAAUACAUGAAUGGCCACAGUGAUGUUGUAAUGGGAUUGGUGUCUCUUAAUUCUGACACCCUCCAUGAAAAGCUCCGUUUCUUACAAAAUUCUAUUGGAGCUGUCCCAUCACCUCUUGACUGUUACCUCUGCAAUCGCGGUCUGAAGACUCUACAAGUUCGAAUGGAGAAGCAUUUUGAAAAUGGAAUGGCAGUUGCUCAGUUUCUGGAAUCUCAUCCUCUGGUAGAUAGGGUUAUUUAUCCUGGGCUGCCCUCUCAUCCUCAGCAUGAAUUGGCAAAACGUCAAUGCACAGGUUGCCCAGGAAUGAUCACCUUUUAUAUUAAAGGCACUCUGAAGCACAGUGAGGCAUUCCUUAAGAACCUAAAGUUAUUUACUCUGGCUGAGAGCUUGGGAGGAUAUGAAAGUCUUGCUGAGCUUCCAGCAAUCAUGACCCAUGCAUCAGUACCUAAGAGUGACAGAGAGAUCCUGGGAAUUAGUGACACAUUGAUUCGACUCUCUGUGGGCCUAGAGGAUAAAAUAGACCUGUUGGAAGAUAUAGAUCAAGCUUUGAAAACAGCUCACUCUCCAAAUGCAAACCACAAUUAACAUUCCGGGAAUGCUAUAGAAGUUGCUUCCUGAGAAGAUCAAGCUUCUGAAUAAAUGGACCAUUAAUGAGCCUUCGAAGAAUUUUCAAAUGAAAAUUUUAAGACACCUCACGACCUUUCGCAACUGUAACUUUCCACAGAUCAUCUCUUAAAAACAAUUUCCUCUUUCCCUUGUUGUAAUUGACAGGUGAAUUCUGUUAAUAUCUUUUUGUUAAUUUUGGUAUACAUUUGCCUCCGGAGGUGAAAUUUGUACUGCUUUUUGGAUUGCUCUCUUUUCAUAGCUGAAGAUUUAUAAUGAUCAUGUUUACAAUAUGAUGAUACAUUUUUGAUGUUUUCUGAACAACUUAAAUUAAUAAAUGAAUGUGCUUAAAUCAAGUGUGAUUUUUGCAUGUUGCUGAAAACAAAACUCAAGCAAUGGUUUACACUUAAUUAUAAUAAACCAAAAAUCAGUACUUGAAAAGUCUAUUGUAAUAUUUUACUGAUUUCAUGUUGUAUAUAAUAAAAAAUAAAUCUACCAAAUGUAUCCCCAUGAUAGUUCUAUAUUAUGUGGCAUUAACUUGUAUCUGGCAUUAACUUGUAUUUUAAUUCCUACCUAUUAAAGAUCUCAGCCAUUUAUGUUAACUUUUAUAAGUUCAAUUGUAUAACUGGCAUUUCCAAAUCUUAGUGCUUGCAUAUUAAAUUAUGAAUUUUCUACAUG